AUGGAGAAGGCCGCCGUGUCCACUCUCCACGAGGAGAGCCUCCCCGUUGGGGCUGGGGAAAAGGCCACGAUCAACGAGAUCGCAGACAACGCGAGGCUGGCUGCCGAGGCCGAGCACGAGCUGUCACCGCUUAAAGCCGUCCGACGAUAUCCCAAAGCUGUUCUUUGGUGUCUUCUCAUCUCCAUGUGCGUCAUCAUGGAAGGCUACGAUACUAGUUUACUCAGUAACUUCUACGCCUAUCCGGAAUUUGCGAAGCGAUAUGGAGAAUUCAACGAAAAAUCUGGCAAUUAUCAACUGUCAGCGCCAUGGCAAGCCGGCCUUGGUAACGCCUCGGGCGUGGGAUCCUUCUUCGGAACCCUCCUCAAUGGCUACCUCGUCCACCGGUUCGGGCACCUGCGGGUCAUCACUGGCGCGCUCAUUUCCCUCACCUGCUUCAUCUUCAUCGUAUUCUUCGCUCCCAACAACAAAGUCCUGGUCGUUGGCGAGUUCCUUUGCGGUUUCCCCUGGGGAAUUUUCGCGACAACAGCCCCAGCCUAUGCGUCCGAAGUGUUGCCUAUGGCGCUACGAACCUACCUCACCAGCUGGACGAAUAUGUGUUUUAUCAUUGGACAAUUGAUUGCGUCCGGUGUUUUGGCAGGAUUGGUGAACAACACCACACAGUGGUCGUACAGAAUCCCCUUUGCUAUCCAAUGGUUCUGGCCAGUUGUCUUGGGACCUAUUCUUUUCUUUGCCCCUGAGACCCCGUGGCAUCUUGUUCGGGCAGGAAACAUCGACGAAGCAAAGAAAUCACUGAAGAGACUGCGUCCCAAUGAUAGUGACGAGGAGCUGCAAGAAAGUCUUAACUUGAUUAUCUAUACCAACAAUCUCGAGGAACAACUGUCUGUCGGAACCUCAUACUGGGACUGCUUCAAGGGAUUCGAGUUGCGUCGAACUGAAAUAUCUUGCAUGUGCAUGGUUGGCCAGGUUCUUUGCGGCAUUUGCUUCGCGUACAAUUCCACCUAUUUCUUCCAGCAAAUUGGGUUGACCUCUACACAAACCUACCACCUCAAUGUUGGCGGUACUGGCAUGGCCCUAUUUGGAACCCUUGUGUGUUGGUUUUUCAUCAUGCCCAACUUUGGCUACCGAACCACAUACUGGGUAGGAAUGGGCGGCAUGUGCGCUAUUCUCAUCAUCAUUGGCGGCUUAAACGUCCAUACCAACGACAAGUCUGUAGCCAUGGCACAAGCAGUUCUUACACUCAUCUGGACUCUCAUCUUCCAACUGUCUGUCGGCCAAUUGGGAUGGGCUCUCCCUGCCGAACUCGGGUCAACCCGUUUGCGCCAAAAGACAAUCUGCCUUGCCCGAAACUCAUAUGCCAUUACUGGUAUCGUUGCAAAUGUUCUGCAGCCUUACUUUAUGAACCCAAGCGAAUGGAACCUCAAAGGUUACACCGGGUUCUUCUGGGGCGGAACUGCUUUUCUCAUGACCGUAUGGGCCUAUUUCCGUCUCCCUGAAUCCAAGGGGCGCACUUAUGAAGAGCUCGACAUCCUAUUCGCUAGGAGAGUUUCGGCCCGGAAGUUUGCCAAAUACAGAAUCGACGCUUUCAAUGAAGAUGUGUUGGCAUAG